UUCGGACAAACGAAUAUUCCCACCUCAAUCCUCCGCAUAUUCUCUGCUCUCCGUUUUCCCUUAUAUAUCAACCCCCGCACCCUGAUUUCCCUCAUUUCCCCGGCCUGGAGGAGUUUUGGGUGUGAGCCCGUGAUUUCGAUCCCGCUGAAUUCUCUUGUUUUUCAUUUUCUUGAGAUGAAGUUUGGGAAGAGUCUGAGCAAUCAGAUUGAGGAGACGUUGCCGGAAUGGAGAGACAAGUUUUUGUCGUACAAGGAGUUGAAGAAGCGGCUCAAGCUCAUUGAGCCGAAGCAGCAGCCCUGUGACGAGGAGAGGGCUCAGAAGAGGCGGAGAAUGGAUGACGGUGGCGGAGAGAGGGAGGCGAUUACGGCGGAAGAGGUGGAUUUCGUCAAGCUUUUGGAGGAUGAGCUUGAGAAAUUCAAUGCCUUCUUUGUUGAGCAAGAGGAGGAGUACAUCAUCAGAUUAAAGGAAUUGCAGGAUAGAGUGGCAAAGGCCAAAGAUAGGAAAGAUGAGAUGAUUAGGAUCCGGAAAGAAAUAGUUGACUUCCAUGGGGAGAUGGUUUUGUUGGAGAAUUACAGUGCUCUUAACUAUACCGGAUUGGUCAAAAUACUUAAGAAAUAUGACAAAAGAACAGGAGCUCUUCUUCGCCUGCCCUUCAUUCAGAAGGUCCUGCAACAGCCUUUCUUUACCACUGACCUGCUGUACAAGCUUGUGAAAGAGUGCGAGAGAAUGCUCGACCAGAUGUUCCCUGCGAAUCAAGCCCCAUCUUCUGUUGAGGCAGCUGACCGGAUCGAACCCUCUACAAGUUCUGCAACCGAUGAGGGUCUGAUCAAAGAAUCCAAGGAGCUCGCGGAGAUAGAAUACAUGAAGAGCCUCUACAUGAAGAGCACUUUGGCUGCACUCCGAGUUCUUAAAGAAAUUCGCAGCGGAAGUUCAACUGUUAGUGCUUUUUCAUUACCACCACUGCAAAUUAGUGGGCUAGAGGAUACUUGGAAUAAGAUCCCUGUUCUUGAACAAGUUGCUAAGUAGCGAGAAUACUGCGGAGGGAAACAGGUCAUUUGUUUUUCCCCUUAUGUAACUUGGUCUGGUCUUUUUGUGUUCUUAAGUCUUAACCCAUGCAUUUGCUAUGCAUGUUUUCUAUACUAACACAGGUGUAAAAUGCAUAAAUUUCAUCUCAAAGGCACUUUGGAUCAAUCCAAUUAUGCUGCAAAUGAUUCUUUUUGUGUAAAGAUUUUUGGAGUUGUACGCAUUCCGAGUUUGAAUCAUAUAUGCAACACUUUACUGCUUACUUUCCUA